AUGUCUGACGCCGGCCGCAAAGACUUUUCCACUAAGGCGAAGGAGGAGAUCACUUCUGACUCCACCAAGUCUACCCAGGAGAAGAUCAAGGAGACCGUCACCGACACCACUGACCGUGUCUCUCGUGGUCUCCAGCCUGAUGACAGCAAGAGCACCCCCCAGGAGGCCUUCGAUAAGACUCAGCGUGCUCACGACAAUGAGGCUCACGGUGGUUCUAGCGGCUCCAUUGGAGACAAGGUCAAGUCCGCUCUCGACAUGGACAAAUAA